UUCCUUUGGCAACAACUGCAGUGUUGAUUGCGCCGAACGCCCCAGCGCGUAGGCUUGGUGUGUUCAGUGCUUCUCUGCAAGAGGUUUGGUCACGGAAAACCCGGUGUAGGGACAAGCGCACACUUGAAGGAGUAGACCAUGACCAUAUGUCCUACACAUACAAGUGUCGUGUCCUACGCUUCCUAGUGUCGAUCACCCCCUGUCCUAGGCUUGCAAGUGUCGACCACACCGUGUCUCACACUUGGAAGCACAACUAUUCAGUGGUUAUCGAUCGUUAAAUUGCGGUCGGAGAACGACGAGAGGAUGGGCACCGAGUAUCGAGAGAGGGCUUACCCGGCCCGCCCUAGAGACGGGACGGUCGCAGUAGUGCGUCCGCUCAGCCCCAAGGACCCCGACCUCAGCGACGAGCUGGCCUCGGCGUACAACGCCAGAGACUUGGACACUUUCACCGAGCUGCUGUCCGAGUGGUCCGGCGCGGCGGACCCGGCCGACUGGCAGGCCACGGCGGCGGCCGGCGCGCUGAGCACGCUGCUGCGGCGGGCGAGCGGCGACCAGGGCCGCGGCGCGUACGUUCGCGCGCUGCUGGCCGCGGGCGUGGACCCCAACCGCGUCAACCCCUUCCCGCUGCACCUGGCGGCCGCGGCGGCCAACGCCGAGUCGCUGCAGGAGCUGCUGCGCGCCGAGGGGCUGGACGUGAACCGGCAGGACAAGUGGGGCACCGCACUGCACGCCGCCGUCGCCAGGCAGCGCCUCGCCCCCAAAGUGCCAGACACGGUGGGCGGUUGGGUCGAGCCGUCGGCCGUCGCUCUCAGCGCCGAGAAGCGGGACGAGCUGGAGCACGGCUACCGCAGGUGCGUCCAACUGCUGAUGCGGCACCCGCGCGUGGACUUCAACAUGGCGAACGGCGACGGCCUGACUGCCGUGCACCAGGCGGCUCAGGGCGACGCCCCGGCCGCCAUGCUGCAGCUGCUGCUGACGGAGGGCGGCAGCGACCUCAACGUGGACAGCGGCAGGGACAGCCACGGCCGCACCGCGAGGGACGCCAUCCGGGACCGGCACCCCCAGCUGGCGAGCCGCCUGCCGCCACACGCUUUGGCCGAGCUGUCAGCGGACAAGCUGUUCUUCUACCUGUACAGCCGCGAGAGCGAGCAGUUCCUCGCGGCCCUGCAGCAACCCGUGCCGCGCCAUGAGAACAAGGCCAGCCUGCUGGACGCCGACGACGGCACCCACACGCUGCUGCAGCUCGCCAGCAAGGACGGCCUGUACGACGCGGUAAAGGCGCUCCUGCAGGGUGGCGCCGACCCGAACCGUACGGGUGGGGAGCGGGCCACGGCGCUGGCCCUGGCUUGCCUGCACGGCCACCACCGCGUGGUGCGCGCGCUCGUCAGCGACUCCCGCACCGACCUGCGGGCCGGCCGCCCCCUGCACGCCGCCAUCAAGGGCGCCGCCAAGGCCAAGGCCGAGCCCCAGCAGGGCGGCGAGGCCCGCGACCACCACCGGUGUGUCCAGAUCCUCCUAGCCCGGGGCGUGGACGUGCACGCGUUGGACGAGACCAAAGCCCCGGCCCUGUACCACGCGGCGCGCAACGAGCUGGCCGACAUGGUGCGGACCCUCCUGAAGGCCGGCGCCAACGUGGGUCAAAGCGACGGCAGUACCGCGCCCAUCAACUACAUGUCGCCGGCCGUCCUCCGGACGCACUUCGACCAGUGCAUCUCCACCAACGGACUGUCGCCCCUGGACAAGGAGUACGAGGUCAUCUUCGACUACAGCAACCUCUCGGAGCCGUGCAGGCGGCAGGGGGACGGCUGGCUGCGCUUGCGCAAGCGCUUCCAGGCUGCCAAGGCCGAGCCAGAGCCUGCAAGCAACCGAGAAGAGGACGCUGUGCAAUCAGCGGGGCUGGGCGGCGGGCAAGUUGACUCUUACGGCUGGCGGGACCCCGCUGCCGCAGCGGAGGGAGGGCACGGGCAGGCGGGCAGCAAGCCAGGCAAGCAAGUGGCCGUGCAGCGUGGUCCCGCCGCAAAACAGGGAGCCGGGUACCGCGAGACGGCCACCCUGCUCUACCUGGCCUACGCCGAGGACCCACGCAUGCAGGAACUGCUCACACACCCCCUCCUCACGAGCUACCUCCACCUCAAGUGGCGCCGCGUCAAGGCGGUCUACAUCGUCUCCAGCCUCAUCUUGCACCUUGUGUUCAGCCUCUUAGUCACGUUCUACGCCAUACUCAGGGACGUCAAGUUUGGAGGGCUGGUCGACCUCCUGGAUGGAAACAGGGCAAGCGGGGACGCCGCGGGGACCGAUGCCACCCCAAAGAUCUCAGAAUGGGACGUUCAAUGCUCUUUCGCACUGAUGGGAGUGCUGAUUUUCUACUCUGUUUGGGAGCUGCUGCGCGUGUGGCCGCGCUUACCGCAUUUCUUCUCCCUGAAUGACUUCUUAGCGGUCGUCUCCAUCCCCGUGCUGGCUAUGCUGAUUGCGACGAACUUGCAGGGCGAGGACGACCCCUAUGUGCGGCGGCCGCUGGCAGCGUUCGCCGUGCUUAUGACGUGGAUUCGCCACAUCUUGCUGUGGGCUCCAGUGUCGCAACACCUCGCCACCAACAUCGAGAUGUUCAAGAGAGUCUCGUUUAACUGCUUCAAGGUGCUGCUGUCGUACGGGGUCCUGAUGGCGGCCUUCGCCCUCAGCUUCUACAUCCUGUUCCACAACUGCAGCAGCGGCACGGGGCAGUGCGUCCAGGGCGGCGACGACGACGACGACGAAUUCUUCCACAACCCGUUCACGUCCAUCUUCAAGACGUUCGUCAUGCUGACCGGGGAGUUCGACGCCAGCUCCUUGCCGUUCAAGGCCUUCCCCGGCACGAGCCACGUGCUGUUCCUCCUGUUCGUCUUCCUGGUGUCCAUCGUCCUCUUCAACCUGCUGCUCGGCCUCGCCGUCAGCGACACCGCGGUGAUCCGAAAGGACGCCGAGCUGUGGGCCUACGUCACGCGCGCCGAACACCUCUACUUCACGGAAAUAGCAACGGUGACGCACUUGUCCACCUGGGUGCCCUUCCCAAGUCCCAACCUUUUCCAAGACGAGCGCGAACGGCGGGUCCGGGUACUCUGCAACGAAGGCAACCGAGUGCUGUUCCCCUCGGCAAAGAGCGGGACCGUUCAGAAAUGCUGCUGUUUGCCGCGCUGCUUCAAGAGAUUUUGUGACCGAGUAAUGGACCCAGACAUUAUGAAGGACGUCAGCGAGCUGCUGCAGGGGCGGAACGCUCAAGCAGAUGCCAUAUAGCUUGCGUACGAUGGUGAAGGUGAAAGGUCCAGCUAUGUUGACUGUUCACCACUUUCUCAUUGCACUUAAUUGUUCACAAUUUUCAAACCUUGUUACUGACGGAAAGGGGAAUACAAUAAAAGAAAGUUUUACCUAAAAUUUCCCGAUAA